AUGUCAGAGGAAGUGACUGGCAGUGAUGGAGUCAGAAGGCUGACAUGCACCACCUGCACUAGUGGGACGUGGCCUAACCCGCAAAGCCAGAGAUGUGUGACCUGCCCAGAAGAAUUUUUGGUCGCCAAUGGGAGCGUGUGUUCAUGUCCACUCGACAAGAACACUGACGCGAAUGAAGACCAGCGCCCCAAACUGUGCCAACUGAAUCGCCUGCUAAGCGUGCUGCGGCCGCAACGAGACAGCCACGGUCACCCGCCACAGCCCCGCAAGUCUUCUUACCUCCACUUUAUCGUUGCCAAGUAUAGCCUUGAAGGAAAGCUUAUCGCCAUAGGACCACUGAAGAUAAGGGAGCUCAGCCUCUCAUUCUCGAUCACCUAUUCGUCAGACUUCAACCAGGCGGCUCAAGAUAUGCCGAUUGCAUUAGGUGUUCUGAGCGCCUUGGCAAUUUUGUGGGCCUGCAUUCAGACCUGGAGCUGGACCCGCAGAUCAGGAAAAGUCUCCGUCAACAUUGGGACAUUCGUCAAGCUCAUCGUAUACACCUGUUCAAGCCUGUCCAGUGUUUUCCUUAUAGUGGUUCUGUGCACAUGCCUUAACUGGCUGUUAAUGUAUAAGCUUCAGGAUGUCGUCCAUAUGCUUCUUCCAAGUCCACACCAGGAGAAGGAUAUCGAACUGUACAUUGUCUUCGCAUUUGUCAUGAAGACACUCUACCUUCUCCACGUCGUGUUUCUUCAGAGCAGCGCGGACAUUUUCUUCUUAGACUGGGAGAGACCACACGGUGCUUCACAGAUUCCGCGCCUGCCUCGGAAGGAAGCCCCACGGCUCUCUUUGGCUGGAGACGGCUCACAGGUCGCUGGACUCGGAGACGCGAGCAGCCAUAGCUCCAGCGUAGUGGUCACCGACCACAAGGGCGAUGAAUCGGCGACGGCAGUCAGCAUCUGGCGUUCGUACUUCGUUGCCAACGAGUGGUGCGAACUGCAGUGCCAUCGCAGGGUCUCCCUCUCACUGCAACUUCUUGUGCUGCUGCUUCUGCUAAAGGGCCUGGGACUGGAAUACGUGGCCCUUGCCAGCCCCGAGAGUUACUAUUCGAGGACAGUGAAGAACGCCAACAUCCCAUUUAGCGCCGCCUGCCGUUUUGCUCUUUCGGCGUCCCUGUACCUGCUCAUUGCUCUGUUCCAGGUUGUUUUACAGAAGUUCAUCUACGAACGAUUUUAUGAAGACAAGCUUCAACACUUUAUCGACCUCUGCUCUGUCAGCAAUAUCAGCGUGGUCAUAUUUGUCCAGCCGAAGUUCGGGUACUACAUUCAUGGAAGGUCAGCUCAGGGUCAUGCCGACGUCUCCAUGAAAGAGAUGCACGAACUGCUGCGCCGGGAAGAGGAGGACCUGUGCGGCCACAGAGGACUGCUGCCUGACACGGAGCAACAGACGUUUCAGAUGACCCUUCCCGUUCAUAUUUAUGAGCAGUAUUGUCGCAUGAGGAGGCCUCUUUCUAUGCACACACAAGGACCAGACAGAAUGAAGAAUGUGGAUGGUCAUCUCUCUAGGGUGAACAUAGACACCGUAGUGAAUAUCUACAAUGUCGUAACGAAAUUUUUGUGUGCAUUCCUCGAUCAUUCGUUAAAAGAUGUUGACUAUACGGUGAAAGACCGGACCCUGCUUGAAAAACUUCUUGAUAUUGAGUUCAAUGAUAUUGUCGACCGUGGCUUCUUUUACAAUGAUAAUGGCCAUUCUUUUGACGCCGUGAUCUACCAUGGCCACGAGUUCACGCUUGUUUUAUGGGAUCUGCUAAUGUUCUGCGUUGUGGAUUUUGCUUCAAGUGAUUUUGUUUUGGCCGCAACGCUCACGUAUAUUGUGGACAAGAUGCUGGAAGGCCUGCGGCGGUAUCUGAGCCGGCGGAACCUGGUGAAGAAGGCACUCGUGGAUGAAAGGUUUUUGUGGUAAAGGCCACUGAGUGUGUCUUUGCCACGUCUUGCCCUGGACGGGC